CCCGGACUUCACAGACCCCAACAUGUUUUCGGCUCUCAACGGAACAGUCCGACUGAGCCUGUGCAGGCUAAGUCUCCAGCUUGUCCACUAUCCGUUCCCCCAAUCACGGUUGCAAAUGUUCAUCGAGUCGAUAACUAUUCCUGGUUGCGGAUAUUUUCAUUUUUUCAUACCUUCCUUUUCCUCUCUGUCCCUCUCCUGCCCAGCGACAUGUCCCCUUGCAACACCCCGCCGUGGAUUGCCAUUAGUGUCCGGAAAACACUUCGACAGGCCGUCAGCUUCCCUUCCCUUUCCUUUUGCCUUUCUUUCAUUGCCGGCGAUGUCCCAAUUCGUUCGGUAUGGGCCAUAUCCAGGUCUCGCUUGUCAUGGUUCCACAUCAAUGCUUCUGAUAUGAACACUCAGUUCCGGAGCGACAAUUUUCGUCAAGUGUGCUGCUUGUCCAACCAACCAUCUAUCCAGCGGCCAUCCCAAUCCCGUGUCAUUGCUGAACCACCAGGCCAAACCAGCAAGACGAAACCAAUGGGGUGGCCCAGUCCUUUAUAUCUUUUGCUCGUCUCAGCCCUGGUGCAACAAACGCCGACAACCUCUUGUUCCGCGAAGGUGGGAUUUUGGGAUGUUACGUCUGCUCAAGGCCAAUUUGCUCUGGCAAGCGCCGGUUAUGACGUGGAAUAGGGCCCCCCCCUCGCCCCCCUCGCCCUCCUCCCACUUGUAUGGCAUGUCCAUCUGGUAUUGAAGCAGGCCUCAUCCCGUUUCUAGUUGCAUUGAAAAUUCGCCACAGCUACUGUACCACCUUUAUGUCAAAUGUUCAAUCGGUAACGAAUCCACGCAGAAGAUGAGCAAGGCCAUACAGGAGUAGAUUAUUGGUCACACUAAAGAAGUUCAUUCAGUAGCAAAGGAUCGCAACACAUGGGAAACGGCAUGGUUUCAAUAUUAUAACGGCGGCCGCCAAUGUGAUUCCAUCGACGAGCCCACUUCUCCGCCAUAUAUAAUGCCAACAAAGCAUUCAAUGCAAGACCUUUUCCUUACCCCAAUGCUAGAACGACAUCGACAAAGGCCACCCUUCCAUCCAUUCCGAAAACGCCGGUCCCAGUACCACACUACAAUGGUGCAAGAGAAGAAAAACAGAAAACCAAUGAAAAAAAAAAACU